GAUGCCAUGGGCAACCUCUUCAGCAAAAAUAAAAAGCAUGGCACUCAAAAUGAUAAAAGAAGAGAUAGAGGAAUCUACACUGCCAUAACUACCACCAGGGGUUUAUCAUCAUCUCAUUUCUCAACACAGGUACCUUUGCCACCGCCGCUGCCACCAUUGUCAUCGGCACCACCUUCAGUAUCGUAUCCAAGUCUAGUAUCUCUACCUCCUCCACCUCCGCCGCCACCACCUAAAACAAAAUCCAUAUCCAAGAAAUCAAGUUUUGGGAGAGCUAAGUCUGGUCGGAGCUCAUCAAACAUGAACAAAAGGCAAUCUGCCAACAAGUAUGCUUUCAUUCCUGACCAUUUCUCAACCCUUGAACAGGUUACAACGGCCUUGAGGAAAGAAGGAUUGGAGUCAUCAAAUCUCAUCCUUGGAGUUGAUUUCACAAAGAGCAAUGAAUGGACUGGCAGAAUCUCAUUUAAUAAGAAAAGCCUUCAUGCUAUUGGAGAUACACCUAACCCCUAUGAGAAGGCCAUCUCCAUUAUUGGCAAGACUAUGGCUCCCUUUGAUGAUGAUAACUUGAUUCCAUGCUUUGGCUUUGGUGAUGCUACAACCCAUGAUCAAGAAGUGUUCAGCUUUCACAGUGAUCAUUCACCUUGUCAUGGCUUUGAAGAAGUUUUGGCUUGCUACCAAAAAAUUGUUCCAAACUUGAAACUUUCAGGGCCAACUUCUUAUGCUCCUGUGAUUGAGGCUGCAAUAGACAUAGUUGAGAAAAAUCGUGGCCAAUUCCAUGUGUUAGUUAUCAUUGCAGAUGGUCAGGUUACAAGAAGUGUCAACACUGAAGACGGAGAACUUAGUCCUCAAGAAGAGAAGACAAUCAAAGCAAUCGUUGAUGCAAGUGCAUAUCCACUUGCGAUAGUUCUGGUUGGAGUUGGUGAUGGACCUUGGGAAGACAUGAGAAAGUUUGAUGACAAGAUACCCGCAAGUGAUUAUGACAAUUUUCAGUUUGUUAAUUUCACGGAUAUUAUGUCUAAAAACACAAGCUCCUCUGAGAAAGAAGCAGCUUUUGCUCUGGCUGCUCUCAUGGAGAUCCCCUUCCAAUAUAAAGCAACCGUAGAAUUUGGAUUACUUGGACGCGUAACAGGAAGAGCGAAGAGAAUAGUUCCAAAACCUCCUCCAGUUCCUUAUUCUCGGCCUGCAGCCCCUCCAGCUCGUGUACCAAGCAACACAACAGCAUCCCCUGCAGAUGAACAAAACCAAGCAGUCUGCCCAAUUUGUUUGACCAAUCCAAGAGAUUUAGCCUUUGGAUGUGGGCACAUGACUUGCAGAGACUGUGGAUACAGGGUAACUAAUUGUCCCAUAUGCAGAGAGAGGAUCAGUAGUCGUCUCAGGGUGUACAGUGGGUGAUUGUAAAAUGAAAACUAUACAUGUUUGUAUAAGACACCUUUUUUCUGUAGGGUUGAUGUGGUGUGCCUAUGAAUCUAAAUAUGGACAAGGAUUAGUUGUGAGAAAAAAAUAGCUUGUCCCUGUUCGGGAUGUUUUAGGUGUUGAAAAGUAGAUAUGAAUUAUCCAAGUUUCUAUGUAUUUGUUUCAUGUCGUUGAUGUGUUUGAAGUUGUAUAUUACUGUGCUUCAAUUCGAUCAAU